GAUGGGAUGGAAAAAGAGAGUAGCUGGGAUGCUGAAACAACGUUCCUCCUAGGCUAGUCUUGGUGCAGAAGCCCCGGGGCUCCGGUUUUAGAAUCCCCCAGCAGGCCCUCUCGGGCCAGAGAUUUGCCCCUUUGUCACUCAUACGUACAAACCUCCCUCAAGAAGGACGAGUGAGUCGUCCAAAGCCGCGCAGCGGAGCCGCGGUUCCCUCUCCUGUAAACUAAGCCGACUGAUACAAGGAUUAAUUGCGCAAGCGACAGAGAGCAUCCGGCGCACCGCGGACAGUCGCUAAAUAAGAAAUUAAUGGGGGAUGGACGAGAAAGGUGGCUGGUUAAGAAGGGGAUGGUAAAGGAGGUCUGGAGGGUGCUGGGUGGAGAUGCUGAAGGAGGAACCGGGCCGAAGGAAGGAAAGCAGACAGAACAGGGCCCGCAGGAAUCGAGCGCAGCAAAACAGCUCCAACCUCAAACCAACGCCAGCACCUGGCCAGCACAGCACGGAAGCCCGGGGAAGGUGGAGGGCGGGGUCCGAGGCUCCCCCAAGGCCCGGAAGCGAAAGCCUCUCAUCCUCUUCCCAGCGGGGUCACGGGCCGGCUGUCGGUAGCCAGGUUUCCGAGAGUGCGGGGCGGUCGGCGGGUCAGGGCAGCCCGGGGCGCAACGCCAUGUCCCGGAACCUGCGCACCGCGCUCAUUUUCGGCGGCUUCGUCUCCCUGAUCGGCGCCGCCUUCUAUCCCAUCUACUUCCGACCCCUAAUGAGAUUGGAAGACUACAAGAGGGAGCAAGCCAUAAAUCGGGCUGGAAUUGUUCAAGAGGAUGUGCAGCCACCAGGGUUAAAAGUGUGGUCUGAUCCAUUUGGCAGGAAAUGAGAAGGCUGUCACCAGCUCUGAUUAAGAAAGGAGAUUUCUUCAUGCUUUCAAUUCUGCAUGGGGUACAGUCAGUCACCUCACCAGAGAAUGACGGCUGGAGAAGAAAACUCCAUAAUCCCAUAAAUAAGAGUGUUUGUAACAAAAGACUGUGCACAAGGAUUAAUAUUUCCCUUCUUAAGUAUCAAAAGAACUCUGGAACAAAUUAUACCAUUAGGAAGGUUUUCGUGAUUCAGUUGAUUUUCCAAAAAUGAAGCUGUCUCACCCAGCUGGGUUUGGAGCAAUCUGCUUAUUAUUCUGUCGUUACCACUUACUCAAGCGAGCUGUGAUAUGAAUACAAGCAACCAGUGGGCUCGGGAAGGUCCGGGUCUAUUUUGCCAUCUUCCAGAUAAGAGAUUUCAGUAAAAAACUGCCAUGCUGAGCUGCCUUAUAGAGCUCUUUGAAAAUGUUCAAGUGGAUAAAGCUCUUUGAGGACAAGGUACUUCGUGCACCUCAUGCUGAAGAUUGCACCAUGUUGGAAAAUAAAUAUGAAGCAAGUCAAACUAGAUGCAUACACUUGUGUAGAAAUCAAUAAUCAAUUAAUAGAAGUGAAAAAAUAAACAUUAAAAUGAUUUAUUUCUA